CAGCCAGCAUGGUGCACUGGACAGCCGAGGAGAAGCAGCUCAUCACCAGCAUCUGGGCCAAGGUCAACGUGGAGGAAUGUGGUGCUGAGGCCCUGGCCAGGUUGCUGAUUGUCUACCCCUGGACCCAGAGGUUCUUUGACAACUUUGGGAACCUCUCCAGCCCCACUGCCAUCAUUGGCAACCCCAAGGUCCGUGCCCAUGGCAAGAAGGUCCUCACCUCCUUUGGGGAAGCCAUCAAGAACCUGGACAACAUCAAAGCCACCUACUCCAAGCUGUCAGAGCUGCACUGUGAGAAGCUCCACGUGGACCCUGAGAACUUCAGGCUCCUGGGAGACAUCCUCAUCAUUGUGCUGUCUGCCCACCUCACCAAGGACUUUGGUCCUGCCUGCCAGGCCACCUGGCAGAAGCUGGUGGGGGUGGUGGCUCAUGCCCUGGCCUACAAGUACCACUGAAGCCCCUGGAGCUCCCCCAGGGGU